CGCGGCCAGCUGAAGCGGCAGCUCGCUAUAAAAGCCGCCGCUCUGGCCGGCGGCUGGGGAGCGCGGGCGAGCGCAGCGCGUUGCAACCCGGCUGAGCCUGGCGAGCGCAAGCGGCGCGGCUGGCGUCGGCGGCGGGGCGCUCGGGGCCGGAGGAGCUGAGCGCGGUCAGGGGCUGAGCCCCGCUUUCCCAGACGAACUACCACUCCGCUUGCUCACGUCCCGGGAGAUCGCAGGGCCCGUCAGUGUGCCCCCGACCGCUCCGGCCGCUGCGCUUCUGGCCCGCGAGGCGUGCCACUGUCUUGGCUACCGACCGGGAGGUAAGAGGGCCGGGCUCGGCGCGCCAGGGCUGCGCGUACUGCCCAGCCUCAGAGGGGAGGGCAGACUGGGGGUUCAGCGCCUCCACCAGUGAUAGGGAAAACGUUACCCGUCAUUGGCUUCUGUUUGUCCACUCAGUGCUGUGCGGUCCGCCUCUGUCUGUCUGUCCACGUGUCUGUUGAGGGGCAUACGUCCUUGUCUCUGUCCGCUGUGGGAUUUCUCUGAGGUCGUGUGAGCCUUUGGAAGCAGCAGGUGCCAGGGGCUCCAGUGUCCCCGGAGCGCAUCCAGCCGGGAGCAGAUACCCGUUUUCCUUAGAGUUCCCCCGUUCUGAAUGUCUCGGGGGGGCUUGCGCCCCAAACAGUGUCUUGCCGAGGAGGGACCGCUCCGAGGGUCAGGUCGCGGAGUCCAGCCCACAAGGAGCCGGCUCACACUGUGCAUGAGUGGGCAUGCAUCUGGCAACAGGUCUGCGCCCUGCUGCUCGGCCUUCAGCACGGUCUUCCUUCUGGUGUUUCCCUCCGCCUCCCGCUGCCUACACGCUCGUGCACUCCCCGACGGCGCUAGGCACCCAGCAUCGCUCUGGCACGCGACGGGUGGAGGCAAUUGAACGUUAGAUGACACGAGGGCCCCUACUGCUGUUUAGGCUGAGAGCCCCAACCUGCCAUCGCUGCAAGAGGGUUCGGCGGUCCCUGGCAAGGGUCGUCGGCUCCAAGAAAGGUCAUAUUAGGUUGGGAAGAAAGUCAGGGACCUGGUGGAGCGCAGGCCAGGGCCGUGGCCAGGUCUCCAGCUCGCCGCUCUGGGAACCAGGGCCAGAGACAUUCUGGAAUGGACCCGGCCGGACGCAUGUGCUCUUGAGAAAGGAGCUCAGUGCGCCGAGGUCCUCCGCCGCAGACUCGCUGUCCGCAUUCUCAGAGACGGCCGCCGUUCCCCAAGGGUCCAACACUACUGCCGUCCCCGGCGCGCCGCCAGGAGCCGGAUUUGAGGUCCUGAGUCCUGCUUCAUGCAGCCAACGCUGCCCACAGGGACUCCAGCUCCGCUUUAUAUUCAUGUUCGAGAACUUGUUGAUGGAAUUGGUGAAAGUGCUGAAGUUGAUCACGAUGCAAACAAACAAAACAAAACCAAAACUUGUUCACCAAAGAAAAAUGGAAGAAUUUUUGCAUGAAACACAUAAGUUGCCUGUUUUUCCCACCUGGACCACCUGGAGGAAAGAUAAAUCGAUCAGAAGUAAUCUUAGCUCCCUCCAUCUGAAAGGAGUGGAACUGAAGGAUGCAGUCCACAGAUGCUGGGAAUCUUUCUGUGACUUUUGUCUACCCGGUAAUGUGAACGGAACAGGAGGACAUGGGCCCUGGCUGACCUUUAAGUCCCGGUUCUCUUCUCUGGACUCCCAUGCAGUUCCGGUUUCCAGCACACAAGACUUUCUGGUGACAGGUCCUACCCCAGGGCAGCUGAAGGAAGAGCAAAGCCCCAGCCCCUGGUGUGUGAUGGCAGCAGCGAGGAGACCCGGAGACAGAGGGUAGCAGGCGACGCCUCUCGUCCCUGCUUUUCCUCCUGCCCCUCCACGCCCCUGUGAGGCCUGGCAGACACGGCAUGGAGCUGCAGCUGGACGGGAAGGUGCUGAGCUCCUAGAAAACGUUAGCUUGUUCUCGUGAAGCCUCGUGGAGUAUCCCGCAGUGCCGGCCCUUCCUCUUCCAAAUGGCUCUGCCAGAGGGGUUCACCGCACCCUGUAAGGAAGAGGCCAGCUCAGGACCAUUGGAACCCAGCAAGGGCAGCCUUCAGCCAGCCUCCAGCCAGCCUCCAGCCAGCAGCUUCCUGCGGAGCCUUCUAGCAUUGUUAGCCAACCGUGCACUCUUCAGAGGCCUUCAGCAGCUGGGAACCCUUUCAAGACUGGAGCGCUCUGCCAGAAUGAGAGCGGCUCACGGUCCGGACGUCUCCUUUAAGGUGCUGCUGACAAUCGGCUGGUUCGCCCUGGCCCGCUUUCCUGGUGCCGCAUCCACAGUGGCAGCUGAGUGCCCUGAUCAGUGGCCUGAGCUGCAGCCCUGGAACCCUGGCCAUGACCCAGACUACUACGUGCACAUAGGCCAGGGCAGAGCACUGCUGCUUAUCGCUUCUGCCACGGUCCAUUCCAUCCGCAUCUCAGAGGGAGGAAAGCUAGUCAUUAAAGACCAAGAUGAGGCAAUUGUUUUGCGUACCCGGCACAUCCUGAUUGACAACGGAGGAGAGCUGCAUGCUGGGAGUGCCCUCUGCCCUUUCCAGGGCAAUUUCAGCAUCAUUUUGUAUGGAAGGGCUGAUGAAGACGUUCAGCCAGACCCUUACUUUGGCCUCAAGUACAUCGGCGUCGACAGAGGAGGUACCCUUGAGUUGCAUGGACAGAAGAAGCUCUCUUGGACAUUUCUGAACAAGACUCUUCACCCCGGUGGCAUGCAAGAGGGAGGUUAUUUUUUCGAAAGGAGCUGGGGUCACCGUGGAGUCAUUGUUCAUGUCAUUGACCCCAAAUCAGGGACAGUCAUCCAUUCUGACCGGUUUGACACCUAUAGAUCCAAGAAAGAGAGUGAACGUCUGGCCCAGUAUUUAAACACAGUGCCCGACGGCAGGAUCCUUUCUGUUGCCGUGAAUGAUGAAGGCUCUCGAAACUUGGACGACGUGGCCAGGAAGGCGAUGACCAGAUUGGGCAGCAAACACUUCCUACACCUUGGAUUUAGACACCCUUGGAGUUUCCUAACUGUGAAAGGAAAUCCCUCUUCUUCUGUUGAAGACCACAUUGAAUAUCACGGACACCACGGCUCUGCUGCUGCCCGGGUAUUCAAACUCUUCCGGACAGAGCAUGGCGAGCUUUUCAAUGUCUCUUCAUCCAGCGAGUGGGUUCAAGAUGUGGAAUGGACAGAGUGGUUUGAACAUGACCAAGUGUCUUACACUAAAGGUGGGGAGAAAAUUUCAGACCUCCGGGCCACUCACCCAGGGAAAAUCUGCAAUCGCCCCAUUGAUAUACAGGCCACUACAGUGGAUGGAGUUAACCUCACCACCGAGGUUGUCUACAAAAGAGGCCAGGAUUAUAGGUUUGUGUGCUAUGACCAGGGCCAAGACUGCCAGAGCUACCGUGUGCGGUUCCUCUGUGGGAAGCCUGUGAGGCCGAAACUCACUGUCACCAUCGACACCAACGUGAACAGCACCAUCCUGAAUCUGGAAGACAAUGUACAGUCAUGGAAGCCCGGAGAUAUCCUGGUCAUUGCCAGUACUGAUUACUCCAUGUACCAGGCAGAAGAGUUCCAGGUGCUCCCCUGCAAAGCCUGUGCCUCCAAGCAGGUCAAAGUAGCAGGGAAACCAAUGUACCUGCACAUUGGGGAGGAGGUAGAUGGUGUGGACAUGCGGGCCGAGGUUGGGCUCCUGAGCCGGAAUAUCGUGGUGAUGGGGGAGAUGGAGGAUGAAUGCUACCCCUACAGCAACCACAUCUGCAACUUCUUUGACUUCGACACCUUUGGGGGCCACAUCAAGUUUGCACUGGGGUUCAAGGCCGCACACCUGGAGGGCGUGGAGCUGAAGAACAUGGGCCAGCAGCUGGUGGGUCAGUACCCAAUUCACUUCCACCUGGCGGGCGAUGUGGAUGAAAAGGGAGGCUACGACCCGCCCACGUAUGUCAAGGACCUCUCCAUCCACCACACGUUCUCUCGCUGCGUCACUGUCCACGGCUCCAAUGGCUUGUUGGUCAAGGACAUUGUGGGCUAUAAUUCUUUGGGCCACUGCUUCUUCACGGAAGAUGGGCCAGAGGAACGCAACACUUUUGAGCACUGCCUCGGCCUCCUUGUCAAGUCUGGAACCCUCCUCCCCUCCGACCGCGACAGCAAGAUGUGCAAGAUGAUCACGGAAGACUCCUACCCAGGGUACAUCCCCAAGCCCAGGCAGGACUGCAAUGCUGUAUCCACCUUCUGGAUGGCCAAUCCCAACAACAACCUCAUAAACUGUGCUGCUGCGGGAUCCGAGGAAACUGGAUUUUGGUUCAUUUUUCACCACGUACCGACGGGCCCCUCGGCCGGAAUGUACUCCCCAGGUUAUUCAGAGCACAUCCCACUGGGAAAGUUCCUUAACAACCGAGCACACUCCAACUACCGGGCUGGCAUGAUCAUAGACAACGGAGUCAAAACUACCCAGGCCUCUGCCAAGGACAAGCGGCCCUUCCUCUCCAUUAUCUCCGCCAGAUACAGCCCCCACCAGGACGCCGACCCGCUGAAGCCCCGGGAGCCGGCCAUCAUCAAGCACUUUACUGCCUACAAGAACCAGGACCAUGGGGCCUGGCUGCGUGGUGGGGACGUGUGGCUGGACAGCUGCCGGUUUGCUGACAAUGGCAUUGGCCUGACCCUGGCCAGUGGUGGGACCUUCCCGUAUGAUGAUGGCUCCAAGCAGGAGAUCAAGAACAGCUUGUUUGUUGGCGAGAGUGGCAAUGUGGGGACAGAGAUGAUGGACAACAGGAUCUGGGGCCCAGGUGGCUUGGACCACAGCGGAAGGACCCUCCCCAUAGGCCAGAAUUUCCCGAUCCGAGGAAUUCAGUUCUACGACGGCCCCAUCAACAUCCAGAACUGCACUUUCCGCAAGUUUGCAGCCCUGGAGGGCCGGCACACCAGCGCCCUGGCCUUCCGCCUGAACAAUGCCUGGCAGAGCUGCCCCCAUAACAACGUAACCGGCAUUGCCUUUGAGGACGUCCCGAUUACUUCCAGAGUGUUCUUCGGAGAGCCUGGGCCUUGGUUCAACCAGCUGGAUAUGGACGGGGACAAGACGUCAGUGUUCCAUGACGUGGAUGGCUCCGUGUCCGAGUACCCUGGGUCCUACCUCACCAAGGACGACAACUGGCUGGUCCGGCACCCAGACUGCAUCAACGUUCCGGACUGGAGAGGCGCCAUCUGCAGCGGGCGCUACGCACAGAUGUACAUUCAGGCCUACAAGACCAGUAAUCUGCGAAUGAAGAUCAUCAAGAAUGACUUCCCCAGCCACCCUCUCUACCUGGAGGGGGCUCUGACCAGGAGCACCCACUACCAGCAGUACCAGCCCGUCAUCACCCUGCGGAAGGGCUACACCAUCCACUGGGACCAGACAGCCCCUGCCGAGCUCACCAUCUGGCUCAUCAACUUCAACAAGGGCGACUGGAUUCGAGUGGGGCUCUGCUACCCCCGGGGCACCACCUUUUCUAUCCUCUCGGAUGUUCACAAUCGCCUGCUGAAGCAAACGUCCAAGACGGGCAUCUUCGUGAGGACGUUGCAGAUGGACAAAGUGGAGCAGAGCUACCCUGGCAAGAGCCACUAUUACUGGGACGAGGACUCUGGGCUGCUUUUCCUGAAGCUGAAAGCUCAGAACGAGAGAGAGAAGUUCGCCUUCUGCUCUGUGAAAGGCUGUGAGAGAAUAAAGAUUAAAGCUCUGAUCCCAAAGAACGCCGGCGUCAGCAACUGCGCGGCCACAGCCUACCCCAAGUUCGCGGAGAGGGCCGUCGUGGACGUGCCGAUGCCCAAGAAGCUCUUUGCUUCUCAGCUGACGACCAAGGACCACUUCCUGGAGGUGAAGAUGGAAAGUGCCAAGCAGCGCUUCUUCCACCUAAUGAACGACUUUGCCUACAUCGAAGUGGAUGGGAAGAAGUACCCGAGCUCGGAGGAUGGCAUCCAGGUGGUGGUAAUUGACGGGAGACAAGGGCACGUGUUGAGCCAAGCCAGCUUCAGGACCGCCAUCCUGCAGGGCAUCCCGUGGCAGCUCUUCAAUUACGUGCUGGCCAUCCCCGACAACUCCAUAGUUCUCAUGGCAUCGAAGGGAAGAUACGUCUCCAGAGGCCCGUGGACUCGAGUGCUGGAAAAGCUCGGGGCAGACAGGGGCCUCAAACUGAAAGAGAAAAUGGUAUUCGUUGGCUUCAAGGGCAGCUUCCGGCCCACCUGGGUGACUCUGGACACCGAGGACCACCAUGCCAAAAUCUUCCAAGUUGUGCCCGUCCCCGUGGUGAGGAAGAAGAAGCUGUGAGGACCGCUGCCACCUCAGUGCUGCCCUACAGUGGACUCUGACGGUGGACUCCCGGCAGCCGCCUGGGGCAGCCUGGCCGGUCCCCCAGCCCCUGUCCAGCAGCUGCCAGGGAAGGCCACGUGUCAGCCCUGAUGGGCCAAGGGGAGGGUAUCAGAGACCCCUGGUGCUGUCACCUGCCCUCACUCAAGUGUCUACCUGCAGCCCCAGGGGCAGUGUUGCUGAUGCUGGAAACCUUCUCUUUCCUGCAGCCUCUUGGGUGCUUCUCUCCUAUCUGUGCCUCUGCGGUGGGGUGGGGUGUGUGUGUGUGUGUGUGAGGACCGUACGAGGAGACCUGCGCUGCGCUGGCAGCAAAAGUCCACUUUGGCGGGAGCUCUGCCCCAGCUGGGAGGCAGCCUGGAGGGGGUGCUGGGUUGUCCACAGAUCCCCAUGCUCUCCAGCACGCACAUUAGGGUGGUCGGUGUAGGAGGAAGAGCCCUGGUCCUAAGGAAAUCUUCAUUCCUGUAAGCAAGAACCGACCUCCGCGGGAUUCGGAGCUGGCGU